AUGGCUGUUCAGACCACGCAAAGCUCCACAUUAGGAGCCCACCCUCAGUCUUCAGCCACCACUGCGCCAGUCCGUGAGCAUGCCUGCCUGUUCACCCACGAUCUUCGCAGGAAGCAAAAGCGUUGGCAAGAUGGGCGUCUCAAAUACCACACCUUCAAUCGGCGGGUUAUGGUCUACGAUGAGCGGGGCAACUUCGUAGGCGACAUGCACUGGCGAGAAGAUUACGACCUCGCCGAUGGCGACGAACUUGAGCUCGAGAGAGGCGGCGUCCUCAUCCAAGUUGGCGAGUGCGUCGGAAGUCGCGACCAGGAUCUAUCCGAUCUGAUAGAUAAAAGAGCUCAAGAAAGGGCUCAACGUCAAGCUGCAGCUGCGGCGCGAAGACCUCCUGUCACUGCUGUGCCAUCAAUACAUAGCAUCAAACAGCAACCUAUAUCGCAGAAACAUCUCCACGACGUUAUUGGGACGCCCUCCGGCCACCAUGGCCGUGCAGUGCUUUCAAAAAAGUCGCCUUAUGAAGAGCGCAGACAGAGACAGCCACCACCCCAUAGCGACGAUAGCCGUCCAGCCAAAAGACAGAGAAGGGAGGCUUCUCCUCCUGGAAAGAGUGGCUAUGCUCAGAACUUAUUUGGUGCGACUUUGAUACUAUCAGGGCGGCCAUCGAGCCAAGGCGCCGCUCAUAGCCGCUCUAUGCCGAGGCAUGCACUUCUACACGCCGAUACUACACCGUUACGUACGGACAACUAUGCUAGGCUGGACAUUUCGAAAAGACCAGAGCCCACUAUAGACACCAACCCGAGUACAUUAGACGAAUCAAACACAUCCCCUACAUCUCAGAAACAGCGGCGAAGACUAGUUCUUCACCAAGACAAGAAAAUCACAGGGGAACAAUCCGUUGUGGAUUCUCAAUCCCCAAACAAAAUCACGCGAGAGUGUAGAGCAACUAACGAGCAUCCUGCACAAAUAGGCCUGGUAUCUGACCAAUCCCGCGGUCUAGUAUCUGGAACCGCAGAAAGAACAGAUAAGGUUCGAAACAAGAAACGGGCGGACCCUAGAGAUGACUGCACUAAAGGAAAUCGGCAUCGAGAGAAAAACUUGAUCGACCUGACCGAAGAUCAAGCUGAUGAUCCUCAACGACCUCUUCCUGAAGAACCCAGAACAGAGCUAAGAAUAAAACCUAGAAAAAAACGAGGCUUGUUAAUGAUCUCUGAGCGCGACCCUAUAUGCAGCUCUUUGUCAAACUCGAACACAACCCGACUCUCCAAUGGAAAAGGAGGGCAUAAUUCAAAAUCUGCAAAUGUAUCACUACACACUUCGGUAGAGUAUCUCGAAAAGACUCGGGAACCCGCACCAAGACGGAGGAAAGCGAGUGAAAAGAGUGUUGAUUAUCAAGAAUCUCGUGCAGCUAACACAUGCCCUUCCGAGGACGAGGAAUUUACAACGCAACGUGUGAUCCGCCACAAGCCAGAAUUUACGUCAAGAGCUAAAUUAAGAGCUACAACAGAGAAUAGCGAUGAUGACCGAACUGAAUCGUGUGCUCUCGCGAAUAGAAAGAGCUUGAGACUCGCGCAGCAAGUUACAAACGAGAAUACUGCCUCAACUAGUGUGGAUCAAGAUCGUGUGCCACUACGAUCAACGAGUCGAGAAGAUAAUAUCACCACUGACGAGGGGCCUGCUCCUCGCCUGGCCAAGUUGGGACGCAAAAGCAUUAAGAGCAAGGAGGUAAUUGGCUUUGUCUUUGAUGAUGAUUCGGACUCAUUGGUGAAUAUCAGGCAGAAUGAACAUGUUCAAGACAAAACUUCCUUGGAUUUGACGCCAAACGGAGACCCUGAUAAGCAGCCCAAUCAAUUCAAGAGUAGGCUCUACGAAGAUCCGAUAACGAACGAAAGGCCUCCAAGUAGUAAAUCUCAGGCCUCAAAGAAUCGUUCACUAUCGGGUAGAGCAAGUCCAACGACGCAAACCGAAGAGGCUUCAUUAUCCAUCGCGACGGCUUCUACAAAAGAGUCCAAGCCUACAAUUAGCAACCCGGCGACUCGCGGUAAAAAGGCGGCGAAACCUUCAGAUGCUGCUGGUCAAAUGCCCAAAUGCCCUCUACCAGCAGAGCUAGUGGAGAGCUCACUACGUCGAAACCCCGAGACGAAGAAAGGAACGCGAAUUCGGGACAAAAGUAUGGCAACUCCACUGCCUGGUUUUUCUAGAGCAAACGGAGGACCAUGGAGCAGAGAAGCCCACGACUUAUUUGAUUUCAAGCGACCGUCAUAA